AAAUCUCAAUGCCAAAUUUUAUUGAAAUGUAAAAGUUACAUUAAAAUGUUAAAUGUUGGAACUCACAGUAAUUAUUAAAGAGCAUAUGAUAAAACUACACAACAGUUUAAGAAAGGAAGUGAAGAAUACGGUAAAUAUCCAACUGAAACUGGGGGGAGAUUUAGGAAAGCUGAAAAGAAUUACUUCAAAAUUAAUUUGUCCAUUAACACACAAGAAAAGAUGCAUAGGAUCUUUAAUGACAGACUGCACACCACAGUACUUCCCAGCAUCCUGCUGUGCAUAUUCUCAGUACAGGAGCUUGAUUUUGUAGUUCUUAAGCAGGCAAAAUUGCUUUUGAAAUCAAUGGGAAUGCAUAAGGACUUCAGGAAUGAGCCCUCUGAUAGAAGUGUUAUCUAUGACAUCAUGAACAUCAUGUUAUAAAGCACUGAGGUUGUUUCGAGGAUUUUCCAUUCAAGCAUCAAUCCAAUCCAACCCUUCUCAGCUGGUGAGAAGUGACAGAAUAUUAGCACAGGGUCCUCUAAUCAUUCUAUAAACUCUCAGCUUAUUUAGCUUCUCUUUUCAGUUCCUAGUCAACCUCUCUUAUUUUUUGCAAUGUAAUCUCUGCUGACUACAAAUGUAUGGAAAUUAUUUCAAUCAAAGGUGUACUGUGCAAUGCAGAAACUAUGUUACAUUGGGCACUAGAGGGCAAAGUGAGAUUAUAGCUAAAAUGCCACAGUAAAAUUGUUCAGUGCCUGUAAGGCAGUAAGAAUCACAGGGGAAUAGGAGGAAGUUUAUUUUGCGUUACCGAUUCCAGUCAAUUUCCCUGAGCAGACAAGACCAAGAGUUUUAGAAUUUAGCCUGUUAUGCCAUCGUUGUUUUCUAAAAUCUCUAAAUUUUAGGCCCAAUCCUGCAAACCCCCAUGCCUGUGUGACGAACCUUACACACCUGAGUUGUCCCAUUGACAAUAACAGAACUACUUACAGGCAUAAGCCUUCGCAGCUUGGGCGCACCGAUAGUGGGAGCCAUAAGACUUCAAAGGGGAGGCUCCCUAGAUUAAUGUUCACCCCAAUAAGAAGGAGUCAGCAAUUUCCUCAUAGAUGGAGGGGUGGGGCAGACUGUGUGUGUGUAUGUGUGACAGAGAAAUUUCUGGCACCCCCUGAGUAGCAGUGCAAAGGUUUGGGGGACUUACAGGGGUGAUGGAGGAGCUGAGGGAAGGGGACGUAAUCGUUGGGAAAGUACUAGGGAGUGAACCUGCGGGUUUGUUGAGUGUGGGUGAGAGAAGUCUGGAACUUUUUUUUUUUUUUGGUCGCGGGGGGGGGAGGAGAUUGUUAGGGAGUUGUGGAGCCUCCCUCAUGCAGAUCCUGGCUGACCCCUAGCCUCUCCCACUCAGUCAGGCACAUCUGCCCCUCUGGUCCUGUGUCGCUGCACCCCUACACACCCCCUGUCCCUACAUGGCCCUGCACCCCUCACUCCCAUUCAGCCCCUGGCUCAAUGUUGUCACCCCAAUGGCUCCCAGAGGUGCUGCAGCACCCCCUGGCUUGAAGCGGUUCUCAUCCUAUACAGGGUUUACAGCUUGAUUCAAUGGCUCUCAGCACCCCUGCCAGCUCCUGUGCCCCAGCCCAGUGUUCCCCCAAUAGCCCUUCGGAACCCCAGUUUGUGUGACACUCCCCCCUUCCCCCCGCGCAGCAGCCCCGUGUGCCCCGCUCUGUCCCUCCCCAUAUCCCGAGUCUCCUCACCUGGCCCCCGGAGCAGCGCGCUGUGCCUCGGGCGGCACCGUGGGCACAGCGGCCUCUGGCGGGGGAAAGGGGUAAUUGCAAGAAACCUCUGCUCAGUGCGCGGGGGGGGGAGUGUACCAGGGACCAAAGAAACAAUAAAAGGGAAAAGUCUGGGAGCUCCCGCCAUUCCUCGGUUUGCUCUGGGGGCUGAGUUUACCUCGCGUGGGUCCAGCUGGUUAAAAGGAACCCCGCGUUGUGAACGCUUCUUACUAGCGUUCACUAUUCUGAGAGCUCCCUCCAAAUACCCGCAUGGGGGCGGUCACCAAUGCUGGGGGGGGGCAAGCUGCUGUCUGCCGCUAAAGUCCAGCUAACCCCGCUGAAAGCAAGAAAUCUUGAGAGACACCGGCUGCAGGAGGCUCUUCUACAUCAGGGCACCCGCUGGUUUAGCUGGGCAAGUCCCCGCUGCGAGGGGGAGGUCCUCUGGGUGCACUGCCCGGGGAGUAAGACCAGCUUCAGCGCGGAAGUCUGGUGGAUGAAGCCGAACAAAACCAAAAGGGGGCUGGUGGGAGGGACGCUGGAUGUUCACAGACAGCGUAAGAGAGCCGAGACAAAUACCUUCCUACUCCGGAUCGGCCAGAGCCAGCCGAGGGGGAGAACGAGGAAUGACCACGCAAAAGACCCUGCAGAAAACGGCAAAAGCAAAUAGUCACCCAGCCAUAGCGCUGACGGUAAAAUGCCUGCGAAGUCCGGAAGCUCUCUAAGAGCCAGACCCCGCUUCGUGUCGCUGGAACUCGGUUUUUGAAUGCGAACCUCCUAAUGCAACCCCAAUGACCGUACGCUUUACCGGGGUGCCAGAACGCGGCUGCUUGUGCGGGACCCACAGAGCUAAAGAAGACUGCUGAUUGGCCCUCGGAAACGCCUCUGGGGCCAGGGGGGCGGGAUGGAAAGAUGCGCCCCUUAAAGACCAACUCCGCCGCGCGCGGUUUUGCGGGCUAGUUGCGCGCUGGGGCUGCGAGGGCGUUAGCGCCGCACACACGUGCCCGCCGGAGUCCCUGCCCCAGGACGCCGCAGGCUGGAAGCUCCUUGGUUUCCGGGUGCGAUUUAAGACUCUAUAAAGAGAUUGGGGUCUUCACGAGCUCGGAGAUCACCUUCCUUCUUCCUGCCGUCGAUCAUCAAAGACACUGCUGCUUUCAGUGACUCUGGGGGGAGAAAGGCGGAGGGGUAGCCUCCUAGAACACAGCUGUUGCAGCUGUGACCAGAGUGGGAGAGAGACAGAUGCAGCAGCAGUGACCUAUCUCCACACCAACUAGUAACUCUGAGCAAAGGCAAAACCAGCAAUUCAAGCCGCUCAACUGCAGAGAAGAGGGGAAGAUUUCCCCUCUUCCCUCAAAGGCUCUGCAUGGUAGGAACCUUCCAUGGGUGAAGAGGGCUGGCUGUACAAUGAACACUUAUCUCUUCAUCUAUUAUUUAAUCCAAUUCUGUGGACAUUCCUGGAUAUUUACAAAUAUGACCAUCAGGUUCUUGUCAUUUGGGAAAGAUUCUUUGGCCGAUACCUUCUAUUCUAUAGGACUUGUAAUGUGCCUUUGCCAGUCGUUGUCCAUAUUAGAGCUCCUGCACAUUCUAGUUGGCAUUGAAAAAAACCGUCUUCUCCCAAGGUUUUUACAGAUAACUGAGAGAAUCAUCAUUUUAUUUGUUAUCACCAGUCAAGAAGAAGUUCAAGGGAAAUAUAUUGUGUGCGUUUUAUUUUUCCUUUGGAAUUUACUGGAUGUGGUCAGAUACACUUACUGCAUGUUAUCAGAGACAGGAACAUACUAUGAAGCUUUGACAUGGCUGAACUACACACUAUGGAUUCCAGUAUAUCCCCUGUCAAUUCUGGCUAAAGCAUUUGCCAUCUAUGAAUCACUGCCUUAUUUUGAAUCCUUCGGCACAUACUCCACCAAGCUGCCAUUUCCAGUUGCCUUAUCGAUCUGCUUCCCGUACAUACUAAAAAUGUACCUGGCAAUGCUGUUUGUAGGUAAGAUUUUCAUCUCUUGUGAGCAGGAUCUUAAUGCCACUGUGCUGGAAUUCACAAACCUGAGGUGGCAAAAAUCGAAUCAAUGAAAAUUCUUUGUAAGCUGUGCCUUCUCCUAGUCAGUUCCCGCAUUGACAGCUGUGUGUUAAGGGGGAGUUUAGUUCAUGUUGCUCAGGAGUUAACUGGUUUGAAUUCCAGCAUCCCAUUUGGAAGUGAAUUAUCUGUUUCUAGAGAGAGGGAGUGUGGGGAAAAGAACUAUUAAGAAAAAAGUGGAUGGAAAAUGAAUAUAGUGUGUUUGAGCCACCUUCAUCAUUAUAGAUGUUAAUUCAGCAUGAAGUCCUGAGUCAAGCUUUGAUUCUGCUGCCAUUUGUAGUCAAUGGAAACCUUUCCACUUAUUUCCAGUGGGCAUUAGAUCAGGCCCGCAGUGUGUGUUCUUUUAAACUAGGUCUGACAUCCUGUACUAAAACUCAAGGCUGGAGGAGGUUUGGAGCUAAAUCCAAACUUCAUUGCUUGUUCCCUCACUUACGGUUACUGUGGGUUGCAGCAAAACCCUGGAUCCAAACAGGCCUGCGCUUUGGAGAAGUUUGCGUCUACAUCUAACUUUCUGGCUGACCCCAUCUGAACCCCCUCACAUUUGGGUAAAGGGUGCUAAUUUUUGUAGCAUGGGCCCAUCUGUUUUUAAAAAACUCACUGAUCCUUUUAGAUGAAGUACAGCGUUGGCUGGUUUAUAAGGGAUUCUUUUUCAAUCCUCGACCAGUAAAAUGAGGACACUAGUCAUGAUGGUGGCUUGGGGUGGACCUGCUAAUCUGAAAAAAUAUCUGUGUACAUAUGCAUCAAUGUAAUGGCAAUAACUGCAGUAUUAUAAUUACCCUAUAUAUAGUAGGUGUGCUUUAAGGGUUCCAGGAAAAUGUUUCAGGACCUGCAUUGGCUAGAUUUAUUUACUGAGGUCUCAUAAUUUAGUGUGUGCAUAGUCGUCUAGCCAAGCGAAGGCAUCUUCAGUGGCAUUAUGCAGUUCUAGGCCACUGCUGAAGCUAAUCAGCGGGCAUUCAUCAACAAUGUGCGUCGUGUGUGUUGCGCCACAGCGGCACAAAGGGCUGUCACGAAGGCCCCAGCAAUACUGGUUGGCUGCACAGAGACCUUGCCUGGAUCUGGCAUUAUAUCUCAUAUAUUGACAGAUACCUAAAAAUAUAGUGUGGUUAGCUACAAGAAUAUAGAAUCUGUCUGAAAAGCCUUACUCCUGUGGGUUUAUUGAGACCACCCACAGGACCAUUUGGGUCGACUGGACUCAUCCCAUUAGGGUUUUCAGGUGCAGGUCUAGGUCCACCUGUUCUUUCUAGGUGAAUGCUGGCCCUUUUGGAAUCUGCUUCCCUGCACUUACAUUUUAUGUUUCAAUUUAGGUAUGUACUUCAUCACCAGGUACCUCUGCUCAGAAAGGAAAGCUCACCUAGGAGCCAGCUACAUGAAAGAGAAAAGGAGCUAAGUUGAUAUCUUGUCUCCUAAUGAGGAAAAUUCUCUAGAACUAUCUAUGAUAGCACAUUGUGUGGAAAUUUAGACUGAGAUUUUCAGAAGUGAUUAGUGAUCUUAUGUGCCCAACUUGGAGCGCCUGAGAGGUUCCCAAUUUAUGAGGGCAGGUGUUCCACACUUUCUGAAAAUGAGGCCUUUUAAGGCAUCUCACAUUGGGCGCUCAAACAUAAGCACCUCAAAUCUCCCGUCACUUUUUAAAGUCUUGGCCUCAGAAGUUACUCUAUCUUUUUUGAACAUAAAAUGACAGGUUACAAACUGUGGCAAAAAAUGUCAAAUCAUAUCAGCAUUUCCUAUAUUUUAAUAAUGGUUUCCUAUUGCAGCAGUAGCAUGUAUUCUGCAUUUUAUAUUGAAGUAAAAUGUCAAUGGUAUUUUGUUAGUCUAACAGGUGAGAUGAUAAUACAAUGUAAAUCAGAUGUAUGAAUAUCAAAUUUGCUGGAACUGCAACAGAUUAUGAAGCAGAAGCUGGUGGUUCUGCGUUUUGCCACAUUCACACAAAUACCAACAGGUAAAACUGUUCACAGAAAACCCAUCCUCCUCCACUUGCCCCCACAUUCUUAAAGUAAAUGUAAGUGACAAAUGCAGUUACAGUAUCUAUUCAAUACAAGUCCUAGAGGGCAUUUAACGUACAGAAGUUACGAUUCUAAUAUAUUUCCAGUAGACACUAUUGAAGAAUCCGUUUUUCUUACGGUGACAUCCAGAUUAUUUUGGAAUUGAAGAAACAAGACAGACAGACACACUCACUCUUACUUUAACUCAAAGUGUGAUAUAGUCAGUCCAAGAAAUACUCUGCCUUUAAAAAUAAGACAAUGGAUUAUAUAAACUGUGGGCCAAAUCCAAAUUGUUUCACACAUGAGAAUUGUCCCAUUGAUGUCAGUGAGGUUAUUUGUGCAGCAAAAGUAAUUAGGAUUUGGUCCCAUGAGGCGGGGAACUACUUAUAUGAGAAGCAGCAAGAAAAUAGGAUAGGUUUUCCUGGGGGAUAAAUUACUUUUCUGACUGUACAAGUUACUUGGAAAUAACCAUAGGCUGACUUGUUCCGCAUUGGUACUAUUUCCCACCACCCUUUGGGCUUGAAAAAAUGAAGUGAAUUAAAGAGUGAAAUGAAAACAUUUCUGGUCAUGAAAAUUCUCUUUCCUAUUUAAGCCUCUGAAAAAGUGAAACUUAAGUAGGCUUUUGUCUUAAGACAACAUUUGAAUAACCAAUGAGUGAAGAGCAUUUCAAAUUGAUGAUUUAGUGACUCUAGGACAAGUCCAGAGCCACAGUCAGGCAGCUCAGCUGUAUCGGAACUGCCCCUACCUGUGUUACCACGGCUACGCUGCUAUUUAUGCUUGAACUAGCUUGAGUACGUGUGCACGAUCAAAGGAAUCACAUUCCUAGCUCAUACUGUAGACAUAGCCUUAGACAAGUAUAUUUGUAUGUUACCUGGGAACAGUACUCUAGACUGGGUACCAUUAAACACUUUGCUUUUGCAUCUAGGUAUUAUUGUGUAUGUGGCUAACAUACAGCACUUUUGGUCAGUAGAUCUCAAAGCGCUUUAGAAAAGAGGUAAAUAUAGUGUUGCCUGCAUUCAGGAAAUAGAGUGAAUAUUGUUGUAAUGUUGUUUAGUUACAAAAGCAAACGUGAUGUUUUUAACAAUGAUCAUGUUAUCUGUUGAAGGAUGGAUUUAUGGGAUCUGAACAGGGGAGAAUUCUCUCAGUGAGAAAGACAGAGGACCCUCUUAAGAAUCCUGGGUAGCAGCUGUGCCUGGUGUGGGAAGGGAGUAUCGGAGGCAGGGCUGUAGCAUGUUACCCAGCAGAGAGUCCAGACAGCAUAGUUAGCUGGGGACAUGCUGCUGUAAUGUUGACAGCCCACCUGAGGCCACUUUAGCCUCUGGAGCAGUCCAGUUUCACAAGGGCUGAAAAGGUGGGUCAAAAUGAACUUAGCACACCCCUGCCAAACCAUUCUGCAGGCUGGGAGCUCUGUGCUGUAUCUCUUAGAAACACAGCCUAGAAUCUCACCUUAUAAAGCAUAUGCUGAAAGAGUAAAAUGAUGGCUGAUCCCUAACAUUUGUUGAAAAAUGCUGAUAUUUUCCAUUCUGUUUACACGGUAUAGUCUGGUCAAAAUUUUCAAACUCAGCUUCCUAAAGUAAGACGCUUUAAGUCUAUGUUUCAGCACCCUAACAACUGGCUUAUUUUUCAGCUGAACUUUGCUCCACCAAAUGAAGAGAGGGAGUUGUAGGUAUUGACUGCUUUUGAGAAUCAAGCCAUUCUUAUAUAGGGGCCUAAAUCUGAACUUAAGCCAACUUUAGGCAUUCAAAAAUGAAAUUGUUUGCUGAAGUUUGUUGGUGUAAAAAGUUACUGAUCCACAGACCUAUUGUAGUUGCUGGUGUUGGCAAUUAGCUUUACCGUUUAAUUCACUGUUUUUAUAUUGAACCAUACUUAUGUGUAAAAUCCACCCACUAAUAUUGUAUUUCAGUUUGAUACAUUCAUAUUUACUUAAUGAACAUUAUUUUUAAUCUGCAAUUAUUUUCCUUUUAAUUUUGAAUUAUAGCAAACCUAUUUUAAAAAAAUCUUUGGUUGAAAAGUUAUGGAAGUUACUACCAAACCUCAUUUAUCCGCACAUGGGCACCUGGAGCAUGUAAACGGCUUUCAUUUUUACAAUGUGUAUAUCAGUCAACACUGAUUCUGCACUAGCAGGGUGAAGAUGUCGUGGGCCAGGUGUUCAAACUCAGAUACUACAUUUGCAGCUGCAAAAAAAUGUGUUUAGUUAAUCUCAAACUACUCAAAGAAUUAACAGGCUGAUUUGAUGAAUCAUGCACUCAUGAUCUAGAUCAGUGGUGCUCAAGCUGUGGCCUGCUUGUAGCCCAGUCAGCACACAACUGUGCCCCAUGUGACAUCCUCAGAGCCAUAUAGGGUGUGUGUGUGUGUAUAUAUAUAUACACACACAUAUAGUGUGUGGAUGCAGCCUACAUAACACAGAGCGCUAUAUACGCAGCCCACAUAAACGGGAUGAGAACCACUGGUCUAGAUGGUUCUUAAGAAUCACUACUGGCAUGUUAAUGAUAAUACAAAGGCUACAUCUACACUGUGACCUAGGGGUGUGAUUUCCAGCUCACGUACAUGUACUUGCACUAGCUCUCAUCAAUAAGAAUGAGAACGGCAGCAUGGCUUAGCCACUUGAAACGCACAGGUACAUGUACACAGUGUAGUGGAGCUAUGCCACCAUUGCUUAUGCUGCCAUGGCUACACUACUAUUUAUACUCGCACUAGCUCGAUGAGACCUAAUGUGAGUAUGUGUACUUGACCUGCGAAUCACACCCCUAGGUCACAGUAUAGACACAGCCAAAAUGAAAACACGUGUCUUGAGAAUGCAUAUGUCUACUGCAAUAUAAAGCAUACACAAGUACCGUACCAGAUUCUCACUGUUUAAAGGGUCUUAGUUAAAAGAGGCAAAUAGCAGGCAUAGAAAAUUUACUCAUUCACUUCAGCUGUUAAGAAUACUAAACUGGGAAUAGUAAUAAGAGAAUAAAUAUACUAGUGUGGCAUAUUAUGAAGAUGAAUACUUAACUGAGAAAACCACCAUAUAUAGGAUAGCUAAAUUAUACACUGCUCAGACUAAGGUCACUGCAGUAGACACUAGGGACCAGUAUGGGAUUACUCAGUCAAUUACUGGUGACGUUUACCCCAGUGCAGAGGGGGCUUCUUCAAGAACCUAAGCACCAAUUAAGCUGCUCUUUAAGCUCCAUCUUGUGUGGACCCUUGCAUUGGGGUAUAUUUUUCCCUAUUUAAGUUGGAGACAUAGGCAGCUAAAUUGGGAGGCACAUGGUUUAAAGGUAAGAAGAGGGACCAAGCCAAAAUAAGAUUCAGAAAGGGGACUUAUAAAUGGGAGGGCACAGAGCCAGGAGGGUAACAUUAGAAAAAAGGAAGAGGGAAAUAAGAUUUCAAUAGCAGGAGAAAUGAAGGCACUUAGAGGGAGGUGAGAAAAUGGACUCCCCAAUAAGAGUAGCUCCAUAUUUUUGCUGGGAAGAAAGGAGAAGUCCUAUGUCCUCUCAGAGACACUAAGAUGCUAAGGAGAGAACAGACCUGCCAUCUUCCUUUUAAAAUGGCAAAGGUAGAAAAGACCUAUUGUCCUCCCCCCCUGCUGAAAGUUGAAGCUAUCUCUGUAGGCAGGGAAAGGGUGUUGUUGGAAUGGGAGAUUUGAGGAGAUGGAACAUUCUGGAAUGUAAGGGAGAUGGGGUCGUCUUAGGUUUUGAAAAGUAUCCAAGCUUCUGGAAAAUUAUCAAGAUCCCAAUUUUCUGAGGCCCUGAAUUGGAAUAUUCAUGUUUAAAUGAACCUGACAUUCAUCAAAAUGUAUCUAGCAACGCCCAGAUCCCACACUUACCUGGAUAAGUGUCCCUGGUAAAAUUGUUACAAGGUUAGCAACUAUGCUACUAUCACAAAAAUAGCGUUGUUCAUGAUAUAACAACAAUGGAUGAUGAAUGCUAUAAUAUGGCAGUAUCAUAAUGUUAACAGAAAUUUUGUCAGUUGAAAUUAAAGCUAAUUUAAAAGCCAGAAUAAAGAAAUAUGUCUUCUAAUAAAUACACUAUGUCAAACAA